GUUUUUUCCUUCAAUAAAUCGAUCAGAUUUACGCCGCAACCGAUUGCUCCUUGUUUUUAUUCCCCCGGAUAAUCUUCAAUAGAAGUGUUCUGGGGUUAAUUCAUUUUGGGGGAUUUUAAAGUUCAUCAGUCAAGUACCAGCUGAUUCCCUUUUUGUUUCAACUGGGCAGGGCUGAAGCUGGGAACCCCCUGCAACUGGAUACUGACAUUUAUAAGGCACCCUUUCCCCGAAUCGAGAACGAAGACGUUGUCGCAAGAGCAGUGUCUCAGGUAUGGAUUGGAUAGCUGUGUUCACAUCCUUGGAGGCGGUGUGUAAGGAAAACAUCACUGCUCUGUCUGGGCCUCCUGACUUGCCAUAUGGCGACGUGUCCAGGCGCUUGGUGACAUGCAUGAGAAAGAUUCAGGACCAUGGUCGUGCCCUGGAACCUGUGGUUUCUGGCAUCACUGCAGUCUACCACCACUAUGACUUUGACUCUGAUACCCCUGGGAAUGGGUAUCGCACACUGGUCAAGGUGUUGCAGUCUUGCCUUCUGCACAUCAUCCACAACGGCCGCUACAUUGCCUCUAACUGCCACAGGGCCUUCUUCAGGGCCGACCACAAUGCCUCAGAGAUGGAAGCCUAUGGCAGUGUCCUGUGUCAGCUACGGGCCCUCCUCUACAUUGCCCAGGGAAUGCUCCACGACAACAGUCCCGGGCAGCUGUACGGAGAGCAGGAGCUGAGCAGGUGGUUGGUGAGGGAGUAUGCCUCCAUGCACAAGGCCUGCUUCUACGGCCGCUGCCUGGGCUUUCAGUUCUCAUCUUCCCUUCGUCCGAUCCUGCAGUCAUUAAUCAUAAGCAUGGUCUCGUUUGGAGAGAGCUACGAAAAACAGCAUUCCGGGUUAGGCAUGGCAGCAUUCUCCCUCCUUACCUCUGGGAAGUAUGUCAUCGAUCCAGAGCUGAGAGGAGAAGAAUAUGAGCGGAUCACCCAGAACUUGGACAUGAAGUUCUGGAAGUCCUUCUGGAACCUCACCGAAUCAGAGCUUGUAUCGGGCUUUGCCAGUUUAACCUCUACCCUAGUGCAGGUGAACCUCACCCUGACCAUACCCCCUGAACCGCUACUCCUCCCCCUGGUCUCAGACCCCCGUCUCUCUACCCCUGUGUCCCCGCCAGUGGCCCACUGGGGCCCUGGACCUGUCAACAUGCGCCUCAUCUCCUAUGAGCUUCGAGAAGGACAGGACAGUAAAGAGCUGCUAGCCUUCGCUCGUACAGAAGCUCCACCCAUUUCCCUGUCUUUAGUACCGUUUGGUGCCCAGAAGCGACCUCCUUCCCCCUGGCUGUUGAUCCACUUCCAUGGAGGAGGCUUCGUGUCCCAGACCUCCAAAUCCCAUGAGAACUAUCUGAAGAGCUGGUCCAAGGAUCUGAAUGUCCCCAUCCUGUCUGUGGAUUACUCCUUGGCACCUGAGGCCCCCUUUCCCAGAGCCCUGGAGGAGUGCUUCUACACCUACUGUUGGGCCCUCAAGAACUGCCAUCUUCUGGGCUCCACUGCUGAGCGUGUGUGUCUGGCUGGGGACAGUGCUGGGGGGAACCUCUGCAUCACUGUGUCCAUGAGGGCCAUUGCCUGCGGUGUGCGCAUCCCUGAUGGAAUUAUGGCUGCAUAUCCUGCUACCCUGCUCACCAUUGAAGCCUCGCCCUCCCGCCUUCUCACCAGCUUUGACCUACUGCUGCCCUUAGGGGUGCUCUCCAAGUGUAUCAACGCCUACACAGGUGUAGACUCUGAGACGGUUCAGCCUACAGAGGGGAUCAGCACGUUGAGCGCUCUAGGUAGAGACACAGCCUCACUGAUCAGUGACCUCUCACACGGGGCGUCCAAAUGGAUCCAGUCCUUCAUUCCCGCAGAGGUCCUAGGGUCAUGGUCAUCGUCUCACCAGAGGUCCUUGGACAACAAGGCCCACCAGAGAUCAGUGUUGCCAUGUUCACCCGACUCCUCCUCAGGCCCCAGGGACUACCCAGAUGGCUUUGAGCCCCUGCGCUCCGAGCGCCUGUCUGUGAUCCAGCCGCAUAGCUGUCCCACCGUCAAGAACCCGUUUGUGUCACCCCUGCUAGCCUCUGACGACCUACUGCGUGGACUACCACAUGUACACAUAGUGGCCUCUGCACUGGAUGCUUUGCUGGAUGACUCUGUGAUGUUCGCCAGGAAACUGCGGAAUAUGGGCCAACCAGUGACCCUAAGGGUAGUGGAAGACCUCCCACAUGGCUUCCUUAGCCUAUCGGGAUACGCAGAGGAGAUAAAGGUGGCCUCCGACAUCUGCGUAGAGCGAAUCAGGGAGGUCUUCCAGCAGACAACUCUGCCUUCCUGUACUCGCAAGUGACCAAUGUUUGAAAGGAAUAAUAAUGGGGCUGACCAUCUGCCUAAUAAAACCAAGGGGAAAACUAGUUGUUGUCCUAACGAAAGUGAAAGAUAACACCCUUGCCUUUCUUGCACUUUUCUGACUAGCACUGACUGAAUGCUGCUUUAUUUAGGAAAACAUUUUCUAAUUAUGAGUGAUAUUUGAAGUUACUGGUUAAAGAGCAUCUGCUGAGGGUGAUGUCAAUGUUCACAGUUUAGUGUGUUUUAGUCCAGGAAAGGGUCAUGUCAUUUGUAAUUAAUUAAAUGUCAUAUUGCUUAAGGUUUGAGAACAAUACUGACGCAAAAAUGCAAUUUCACACAUUUUUAUUGAGUUAAAAAAACACUUGAGUGUCCUGGGAGGCUAUGGCUUUAGCAAGGGGCUUUGUGUGGGCCUAACAACCAUGUCUCCCUGUGGCAGAAGAGACGCCACACUAUACACCUUCACCUCAGGAUCAUGGGGUAAAACUUCCCAUACCUGUGAGCCUCAGACAACAAUAACACAAUGCUGGGAAGUCCUGUAUACCCAACCAUAAAAAGCCGAUACCAAUUAAUACAAAUGUAUACAUAUUUGUAAUAAUGACAAUUACAACAAUACUGAAUUAACACUUUUAUUUUAACUUAAUAUAAUACAUAAAAUCAAUUCAAAUCAAAGUGUAUUUGUCACGUGCGCCGAAUACAACAGGUGUAGACCUUACAGUGAAAUGCUUAAGCAAUUUAGUGUCAAAUAAAUAAUGAAACCUGUUCAAUUUGGUUUAAAUAAUGCAAAAACAGUGUUGGAGAAGAAAGUAAAAGUGCAAUAUGUGCCAUGUAAAAAAAGCUAAUGUUUAAGUUCCUUGCUCAGAACAUGAGAACAUGAAAGUUGGUGGUUCCUUUUAACAUGACUCUUCAAUAUUCCCAUUUAAGAAGAUUUAGGUUGUAGUUAUUAUAGGAAUUAUGACGCGUCAACUAUUUUUCUCUAUACCAUUUGUAUUUCAUAUACCUUUGACUAUUAGAUGUUCUUAUAGGCACUUUAGUAUUGUCAGCCUUAUCUCGGGAGUUGAUAGGCUUGAAGUCAUAAACAGCGCUGUGCUUCAAGCAUUGCUAAGAGCUACUGGCAAAUGUAGUAAAGUGCUGUUUGAAUGAAUGCUUACGAACCUGCUGCUGCCUACCACCACUCAGUCAGACUGCUCUAUCAAAUCAUAGACUUAAUUAUAAUAUAAUAAACACAGAACUACGAGCCUUUGAUCAUUAAUAUGGUCAAAUCCGGAUACUAUCAUUUCGAAAACAAAACGUUUAUUAUUUCAAUGAAGUACGGAACCGUUCUGUAUUUUAUCGAAUGGGUGGUAAGACUAAAUAUUGCUGUUACAUUGCACAACCUUCAAUGUUAUGUCAUAAUUGUGUAAAAUUCUGGCAAAUUAAUUAGUCUUUGUUAGGAAGAAAUGGUCUUCACACAGUUCGCAACGACCCAGGCAGCCCAAACUGCUGCAUAUACCCUGACUCUGCUUGCACUGAAUGCAAGAGAAGUGACGCAAUUUCCCUAGUUAAUAUUGCCUGCUAACAUGCAUCUAUUUUAACUAAAUAUGCAGGUUUAAAAAUGAUUUUAAGUAAGGUAUUGAUGUUCAUGGUUAGGUGCAUUUGUGCAACAAUUGUGCUUUUUUUUCGCGAAUGUGCUUUUGUUAAAUCUUCCCCCGUUUGGCUAAGUUGAAGUAGGCUGUGUUUCGAUGGUAAAUUUAACAGGCAACGCUUUGAUUAUAUGCAACGCAGGACAAGCUAGUUAACCUACUAAUAUCAUCAACCAUGUGAAGUUAUGUGAAGAUUGUUUUUUAUAAGAUAAGUUUCAUGCUAGCUAGCAACUUAGCUUGGCUCCUUGCAGCCACAAGGUCCUUUUGAUGCUCCACUCGCGUAACAGGUGGUCAGCCUGCCACACAGUCUCCUCGUGGAUUGCAAUGUAAUCAGCAAUAAUCGGCAUAAAAAAGGCUGAUUACCGAUUUGUUAUGAACUUGAAAUCGGCCAUAAUUAAUCAGCCAUGCCGAUUAAUCGGUCGACCGCUAAUCUCUUGGUCACAGAUACCUAAAAAAAUUAUAAUGGGCCUCGUGAUGUCUUUACGGUAUUCUUGUUCAUUCAAAUUGCCAUCGAUAAAAUGAAAUUGUUUGUUGUCUGUACUUUAUGCCUGCCCAUACCAUAACCCAAUUGCUGCCAUGGGGCACUCUGUUGUGAGGCCGGUUGGACGUACUGCCAAAUUCUCUAAAAUGAUGGAGGUGGCUUAUGGUAGAGAAAUUAACAUUAAUUUCUGGCAACAGCUCUAGUGAGCAUUCCUGCAGUCAACAUGCCAAUUGCACACUCAACUUGAGACAUCUGUGGCAUUGUGUUGUGAGUGGCCCUUUUGUCUUAUUGUCCCCAGCACAAGGUGCACCUGUGUAAUGAUCAUGCUGUUUAAUUUGGUUCUGAUAUGCCACACAUGUCAGGUGGAUGGAUUAUCUUGGCAAAGGAGAAAUGCUCACUAACAGGAAUGUAAACAAAUUUGUGCACAUUUUUGGGAUCUUUUAUUUCAGCUCAUGAAACAUGGGACCAACACUAAAACAUCUUGUGUUUUAUAUUUUUGUUCAGUGUAGUUGCUUAUUUCUUGUGUGCCUGAUGAUGUCCCUUAUUCUGUACUGGGCUUGCAAUAUCAAGUGUGCCAAGUGUGAUCUCAAUAAAAUGAUUCAUUGUCUAGUCUUUCUCAAGCCCGUGCCGGUCCAUGGAGGAAUGCAUGCUGGUCUGGAGUGUAUUUGUAUUGAAUAUGAUUUAGUUGGCUUUUUUGUGGUCUUUGGUUUAUUUGACUCAUAUAAAUACUUGCCUUGGGCCUACUUGCACAAUGCACUGAACGAAGCACUUGCCGCACAAAAAAAAUGGUGUUGGCAUGACUGUGUUUAGCUACACCACACAAGCUAGCUCUGCUGCGCAGCCUGCAUUAUUAUUUAAAAAAUUGUACAUUCAACUAGGCAAGUCAGUUAAGAACAAAUUCUUAUUUACAAUGACGGCCUACCCCGGCCAACGCUUUGCCAAUUGUGCGCCGGCCUAUGGGACUCCCAAUCAUGGCCGGAUGUGAUACAGCCUGGAUUCAAACCAGGGACUGUAGUGCCUCUUACAAUGAGAUACAGUGCCUUAGACUGCUGCGUCACUCGGGAUCCCAAAUAACAGCUGCCUGACAAAACCGGUCUGUGUGAUGUGUCAAGAUGCUAUUGUAAAGAACCUGUAAAGCCACAGAAACCCUCACGUUGUUUGUUGACUAGCGUUAACACAGAUUUCCCAUUAAAUAAUCACAUUUAUUUUAUUUGAAUGAACAUACAGUGCACACCAAAACUGACCAGCCGCACACCAAGCCUUCCCAAAAACUCUCCAACAUGUCUUCUGCAUCAUAACAUACAGCAACUCAUUUGCUUAACAUUGUGUGAUAGGCUGAGAGACUUUCGAAUGUAUAAAACAUUACAUUACCCCCUCAUGCUCGGAAACAACGCCAAAGGAAGGUUUGAUCCGGUUGUAGUGUAUCACGGCAUGAUAAGAUCCAUUACAAUGUACUACUUCAUACAGCACUUCUGACAUUUUGAAAGGACCCUUCAAUUUCUUUCUCAGUUUGAGUGACAACCCCUUUUCCCUCUGGUAGUCUCUAAGCCACACAUUAAUUGUCCUCAUACCUCUGGGGUGUCACCUUUAGAAUCCAAGUACUGCUUUUGUUUACCUGUGGCUUUUAUGUGAUUUCUCUUUACAGUGCUUAAAUACCCUUUUGCACAUACUGAGAAAAAUACUGUUCCCCUUCAUUUUGUGUUCCCAUAACCACAUCAACCAAUAAAGUAAUUUCAGCACCAAACAGCACCCUGUAUGGUGUGAACCCCGUGGAAGAUUGAAGACUACUCCUGUAUGACAUCAUCACAUAUGGGAGUAUCUCAUCCCAAUUUCUUUGAUUGUCAGCAUGUUGAUCAGAGUUCUGUUCAUGCUAUCCAUUAAACCAUCUGAUUGUG